AUGAACUCAUCAUCAAGCAGUCAACUGCUUCAGAAACUCUAAAAUCUUUACUCAAGUAACAAAAAAUAAAGUGAACAUUCAAUCUCUCCCUUGUAACCUAGACCUUUUGUGUGUAGAGAAUUUAACUAAUUAAUUGAGAAAUCAUCCCCUGUUCCUUAUUUACAAGUUAAACAACAUGAUUUUGAACAAUGGACAGAAAGAUAGAUAAAGCAAAUUUAAAAGGCUUCUUGCUCUUCUUUUACUCAAAAUGAAAAUGUAUUUGACAUCCAUCUGUAAAAAUAUUCAUAAAUUUCAACCAUUUCAUAAUAAACUUUCCCUGUUUUAGGAUAAAUUGAAAAGAAGAUUAAACUAUUAAAAUAUGCUAAAGAGAAUGAUCAUAAUACAUUUGCAGCCAUAAUUGCUAAAAUGAAGCUUUUCUGUUUAGAUAAUGCAUAAACAUGUUAUGACUUUUAUAGAAGUACAGAUCUAAUAUUACUAAAGUAUAUGAUCUUUCUCUUAAUACAGGAACUAAAUUAACGACCUACAAUUGAAAAAUAAGAAAUUAGUAAUGAUUAAACAUCUUAAUUCUAAUCAAUGAUUAAAGAUAUCAUUAGUAUUGUAUAUGAAAUAAUAGAAGAAGUGAAAUCAAAAUCAUUUUCAGGUUCACAAAUAGAUACAUUAAAUAAACAAUUAGCUAAAAUUCAAAAUAAAUUUAAGCUUGAUUCUAAUAGUACACAUAAAUAAAUUAAUAAAUCACAUCAUUAACGAAUUAGUAGUUGUAACUUUGAGACUUGUAGAACACCUAAUUCACAGAAUCAUAGUAAUAAGGAAUCAAAUAUUAGUAGUGAUAAAUUUAAAUCAGCACAAAAAUAAUAAUAGAAUAAUGUAUCAGGUUCUUAAAAAAUAAUACAAUUUUAAAUAGAGGAAUUAGAAUAGAAAAAGAAAUUAAUAAGUAAAUUAAAUGAAUAAAUCACUAAAUUAUAGAAUACAAAUUAAUAAUAAUAAGCUUAAAUUUAAGAUUUGAAUGAUUAAAUUAUAUCUAUAAAAUAGACAUUAAAAUAAAAAUAAGAAGAAGUAAAAAUUUCAAUUUAUUAAUAUAUAGAUUGAACAAUUAUCAUAAUCUUUGGAAUCACUUAAUUAGAAUAAUAUAAUUCAUUAAGAAGAGAAAGAAUAAUAUAAUAAUCUAUUUCAUGAAUAUGAAGAUGAAAAUGCUUAAUUGAAAUCAAAUUUGGAAUAAUUUUAAGUAAAAAUAUUAUAUAUUUAUUAGAAUACAAUUGAAUUAUGUUAAUAAUAAUUUGAAAAUUAAAAAUAAGAGACAUUUGCUUAUUAUUAAAAUUAAUGUAAUUAAAUUUAAUAAAUAAAAGAGAAUGAAAUUAAUCAUUUAAGAAAUGAAUUACAUGAAAAUUAAGUUAUUAUUGUAAUUAAAUUAAUUAAUUUUUAGAAUCAUUUGUUAAGUGAUGCUCUCUAUUUUGGUAAUUAAUACAAAAAUCUUGUGGAUAAAAUUGAUAAUUUAAAACCUUAAUCUAUUGUCAAUGACUUAAAUCAAAUAUAAAAGGAAUUAUUUUAUAAUGAAAACAUUCUUAAUGCUAAACUAAAUGCUAUAUCUAAUUUUUCAGAUAAUUUAUUAUUUGAUGCUGGAUAAGAAUAUUUGUCUCAAAGUCUAUCUUAACAUAAAAUUAUGAAUUCUUAGGAAUUAACUAAUAUUUAAUAACAAAAUAAUAGCAAAAAGAGUAAUUCAAACAAUUACAUAAUAGCACAAAAGAAUUAAUUUGAAAUUAUGGAAAUGCUUUUGAUUUAGAGUUAAGUAUUAGAGAAAUUUUUAAUCUGA